AUGGACCGAGCUUCGAAUUCCCCAGUUGGAUCGAGAGAACGUGCUGUCUCCUCCGAGCCCUGCUCAACCCGACCGAACCCAUUCGACGACGACGACGGAUCCUCGGCCCGCAAGCGACGCCGCACCUCUCUCAACGGUGCCUCGCGCAGCCGGUCCCUCGAGUCCGAUAAGUCCUCCCACAAUAGUUCAGCCCGCCUUGUAGAGGACGACAUACAAGAGUCCAAGCCAACCAAGAUCACUCUGAACUUGAAGAAUAGGAAGCACGCGCCGCGAUCAACACCCUCGUCACCUACAUCCUUGAAGGACGCCGACGCAGAGCUCGAUACGAUUUACGAGAAUGGCAUUCGGGCUAGCGUGGAGGAUGCUGACCUGGGUUCCUCAAACGCUCUGCCACCCUUCGCUACGGCGGACUCUUCAUCCUUGGACGCCGACGAUAACGACGAACCCCUUAUAGAAAGCGUGGACGACAACGACGCCUCGCAGCUAGCAGAACUCCAGGAUAUUGAGCUCCAGCUCGCAGACCCUGUACAUGAAUUCCCGGCCCGUCAAGACGAAUCUCUGCCAGAUGCUCUCCAGAACUUAUGUGGCGCAAUAUCGACCUAUCGAGAGGCGGCCCCAAAGCUCUCCAGGUGGAUCGAAGAAUACCUGACUUGGGCACAGGAGUGCGCUCCCUAUAUCCUCUUCCAAAAUUAUGAGCAGCAUCGUGAUUUCUGGAGAGAACUUCCGCGACUGAUAUGGGAGAACACUUCCAUAGGAAGGGGUGCUCCUGCACGAGGGUCCCAGCUCUCGCGUUUGGUUUUUGAAUUGCACAAGUCUUUCACGAAGUUGACAGCUUUGUUCAUCGAUCUCGACCAUCUGAUGCUUCAAUCCGUCGAAGCUGGGGAGAAUAUCUACCAAGAACUCACCUCGCCGCUCUACAUAAUGUUCCUCAACCAGUACUUGAUGGAAUAUGGGGGUCAGACAGGCAAUUUGAACUGUAUUGACGCUGAUCCUCUAGGAGUUGAGUACAUGAGUGGACUGAUCGAUACCUUUCGGUUAUUUCCUGUCUACGGCUCUCAUACACCAAACUGCUCGCCUUUCCACCUGGGCCAACUCAUGGCUUCUCUUGUGCCCCGAAUUCCGAGACUGAUUGACAACUUGCACCUGGUUGGGCAAUUGGCCGCGUUUUUGAUUCGCGACAUCAGCGAGCGACUGCAGCUAUCUCAGCCCGCCCAAGAGCCUGAAGAAGGCGUGACUUUCCUGGAACAGGGCUACCAACUCUCUGAGGCCAUGUCACAGGCCCUCGAAGCUUGUAUUGAGAAGAGCGUCAAUCAGAUUCAAGCAGACGUGGCUGAAAACUCGAUGUUCGUCCUCACGAAUCUCCGCCGCCUGUGUCUGCGUGCGGAGUGCGGGCACGCAGCGACCGCGAUAAUGGAGCAUCAGCGCAAACACCCCGAUAUCCCUCGAGCUUUCUCAAUCGACGUUAUGGUUGACGAAUGGCGUCUCAAGACUCUGACAAAGUUCAUCAUGUCCAGCCAAAUGCAACUCAGGCUUCUGGCUGCACAGAUGAUGUGCCAAGAUCUGGUGCGCAUCUUCAAGGAACAUUCAGGGCACAGCAUCGAACCCUCCCAACAGCCGCUUCUGUGUCAUGUUUCGAACACCUUGUUACAAUCAGGCGUCGUUACAUACAUCUUGGGCCCAACGUGUCAUCCAGAGGUAACGACUGCGAGCGGUAACAUCAUUGGAUUUCUGUUUGCGUCGCAUACUUUUACUGAAGACCACCUGGACUUCAUGUGGCAGACAAUGACGACGUGCCAGAUCUCCGGCGUAUCAGAGAGCUUGUCUGGGAUGUUCAUCCAUAUCGUCCAUCUCUUUACGGCGGCCGACCUGCUCGCUUUCUGCCGCAAAAUGCAGACCGUCCCGAUCGAGGCUUUCAGCCCAACAAUCAAAGAACUCUGUGUUGCCAUUAUCAACCAGCUCUGUCAAAAGCACGAUGCUGUACAGGAGCUUCUUCCCUACUCCUUGAUGUUCCGGCUGUUGAGGGAGUCGUCUGCUCUCGGGCCGCCGUUCUAUCAGGUUGUCCACAGGUGGGCCGCACAGACUAUUGCUCAGCUCCUUAAGUUCGGGCCGUCCUAUGAGGAUAAAGCGUUGCUCUACCAGGAGUGCUUGAGAGACAUUGCCCAAAAGACGCCAUUCACACUGGGUAGUAUACACUGUCUUGCCUUUUUGUGUCGACCGAUCGCUAGGGAGCUACAGCUGCUCACUUCACAACACGACUUGCCAAAACUCCUCAUCGACGAGUUUGAGCAUGCAGUCUCUACCAGACAAGAUUCUGGGAAAUUGCACGUGCUUAGUGGUUUGGAGAACAAGCCUCGCCUGGAUAUGCUCACCAACAUCAUCAACCACCAGCCAGAAGCCAUUCGGGGAGAGCUUGGGUCGACAUUGUGGGAACUUUUGGUCGGAAAGCACGCAGCAUCUCAGGAAGAUCGCAACUGCGGCUGGCAAAGUCUCAAUUCUGCACUGGGAGGUCGUCACGACAACCCGUUCCUGGAGACCUGUUUCGAUGUGUACCUGCCCACACUGGCGCCAGAGUUGUUUUGCGAAGGUAGCCUGGAUUUUGCUCUUCAGAAGAUCAGUCGGCUCGUAGAUGACAAGGACAGUGUUGUUCUCGACGACGAUGAUUCACGGGAGCACCUGGCUAUCGAACAUCUGUGGAAGAUCGCUCUCACUGCACCCACCGACACGAUCGAGCAGCCGGCGAUAAGGGCGCUUGUCAAAGGUGUUUACAUUGACAGCCGCUGUAUCCAGCACUUUUCGAGCCACCGAGCACGAAAAGUUCACCUUGCUUUGGUCAACCGGUGCUUGGAGCAAUUAUCCUUGGCGGCGAAACGCUUGACAGCGGCCGGAGAUGAAAUUGAUGCGAUGGACGUCACGUCCAAUGGGAGCGAGUUACAAGAUCAGAGACUCCUCUUCAGCCGCUCUCUCCAAAUCCUCCGAGCUUUCAACGAGCAUUACCAUGCAGCUUCGCAGUUCUCCACCCCAGACAUGCGAUCGCUGGUGUUGCCCAAGAACAUUGAUGUUCAAGGGGCAUCGGCUGAGCUGAAAUUCCAGUCGUUCGAUGGGGACAGGCAGACCGAGGUGAAGCCCUUGCCGAUAGGCAAAGCGAAUACGGCUGGAUCUUUGCUGGCCAGUAUUCGUGAUGCAACCGGCUUUGACAAUUAUCGUCUGUACUACAAGGGACAAGCCCUCACGCCGUCGGAGCAGGACAUUUGCAGAUCUCUGGACGAGCUUCAAAUUUGUGAAGGACUCAUUCUCGUCAAACGUGAGUCAGACACCAUCGACCAGCCCCUCCAGGUAAGGCCCGGAGCUUCUGCCGUGGAGAUAGAGAUCCUGAGGCACUUCGAAGAGCUGUGGCAUUUCCUGGGAUUGGAGGAGACACUGGCGACUGAGGUAUAUGCUUUUCUCAACACGCUACCCGUGGACGACCGUAUACUUGCAAGCCUUGACCAGGAGACACCCAAUUACCAACAAGUUUUCCCCGUCGCCCAACCAUUGAAAUCUCUGUAUGCGGUCUACGCAAUUCAAGAGUACCUCAGCAUACAGUUCUCUCUGGCGAAGUCCAACAAUGAACAUGGAUCUUACAACAAUGCGUUGGCACGAGCCCUGAGGUUGGUAGUUUGGGCGAUCUCCGACCCCGACGUAGCCGAUCAAAACUCCAGUGAAGAAUUGAGAAUCAGGCUUGCGUCGAAACUUGUGGAGCAGCUUCUCUCUAUUCUGAAAGAUCCUCUGCGGGCUCCAUCCGUGCCUGAGUGCCUCGACAUUACAUUAUUGGAGAGACUGGUCGAUAUCAUGUCUUUUUGCAUGACCGCACAUCCAACGACGUCUUGCACGAGCCUGCUCACGGUCACUUUCCAAGCCAUUUUGGACACAUGUUCCUUGAGAGUAGAGCUCUGGGCUGAGUUGUGCUCUCGGGCUGACGUCAAAUCCGUCGUGAAGAAACUACUUCUUGAUGACCCUAGAGGUACCUUGAGAAAGUCGACCGCGCUGGCAAUUGGCGAGAAGACAGUUCACCUUCUGAGCCCCUCAGCUGCUGCUGAACCAGUAUUUCGGGACUACUUCUGGACUCUUUUGAUUGAUCUGAUACCAUAUGGUCUCAAGCAGCCCGCGACGUGUUUGGAGCUCUUCCAGCUUGCAGUUGCUCUGUUCAAGUCAAUGAAGGAGGCAAAGUCAAAUGUGCUUAACUUGCCCAGAACAAUCCAAUUCUUGAGCCGACUGCUUUUGGACUAUAAGCCCCAGGAGGAUAUCAUACAGCCUGGCGCUGUGGAUUUGGCAGCUCAGGGCCUUGUAGGCCUGCUGCAUUUCAUCUUGUGCGACAUUCAUGAGCAUAUUGAUGUGGAGAUGCUACCUCCCAGCUUCGUGACACAAUUGUUCUGGCAUCAUCUGUUCCCGCGCCGCUGGUCAAGUUCCAACCCUCUUUGGCAGGGCGAUGUGAUCUUCAAUGAGUCCAGCCGGUGCCAACUCAUUGAUAUCAUUCUGAGAGUCUCGGCAAGAAGUCCAGGACAGAUCCACCAGCUCAUAGAGGACCUCAAGUCACUGGUUUCAUGCUCAACUAAUGAUGAAAUUGAAGAUGGCCUUCCGUAUCAAUACGAUCUUCCGAUCAACAACUUCGAGAGAUUCAAGGCUAUCAGAUCCCACUGUGGCUAUGCAGGCCUGAGAAACUUGUCCAACACUUGCUACUUGAAUUCUCUUUGCACACAGUUGUUCAUGAACAUUGAUUUCCGAAAGUUCAUGCUCAGCGCUGCAGUUGGUGGUGGAGAUAAGACUCAGUCUCUGCUUUACCACACACAACGCAUGUUUGGUCAACUCCAAAGCAGCCAUCGCCGAUUCGUAGACCCUGAGGCUUUUGUGGCCAGCAUCAAGACCUAUGACGACGAUCUGAUCAACAUUCACAAUCAAAUGGAUGUUGAGGAAUUCUUCAAUCUACUCAAUGACAGGUGGGAAGGCCAAUUGCGUUCUGAGGAGGCAAUACAACGAUUUCGAUCUUUCUACGGCGGACAACUAGUAACACAAACCAAGUCGAAAGAGUGCGAACACCUCUCGGAGGUGAUGGAGCCAUUCUCUGCUAUUCAAUGCGACAUCAAAGGCAAGAAGGACUUGUUGGAGAGUCUUGACGCAUAUGUUGAUGGGGAGCACAUGGAAGGGGACAACAAGUACAACUGCACCACUUGCGGUCGACAUGUCGAUGCGGUUAGGCGGUCAUGCCUGAAGGAAGUUCCCGACUCCCUGAUCUUCCAUCUGAAGCGCUUCGAUUUCAACCUGAGGACUCUGGCACGCAACAAGAUAAAUGACUACUUCGCGUUCCCAGAUCGCAUUGACAUGCGGCCAUACACGAUCGAGCACCUCGGCAAUCCAGCAGCAGGCUCCUCCGAGGACUGGUUUGAGCUGGUUGGUGUUCUUGUCCACGCUGGCACGGCAGAGUCCGGACAUUAUUACAGCUUCAUCCGAGAGCGGCCGACAUCCCGUGCAAACCAGGACUGGUUCGAAUUCAACGAUGACACCGUGACGCCCUGGAACCCCUUGAAAAUGGAGGCUUCUUGCUAUGGUGGUACGGAGCCUUCCUGGGAUGCUGGCGGCGUUACAUAUGAGAAGAACUACUGUGCCUACAUGCUAUUCUACGAACGCUCUUCGGCCCUGCAGAAAAAGAAUCAUGAGCUACAGCAGUCAUUGUCGUCGAGCCCGGUUCAAGCCUCCAUGCCUGCGAUACUCACAAACGCUAUCAGAGAGGACAAUUUACGGCUGAUACAGAGGCACUGCCUGUUUGAUCCCCACCACAUCCGGCUCGUGGACGGUGCCAUAGAGCACAUGAUUGGAUUGAACGGGGGAGCUUGUUCCGAGUUCCACGAGGCCGAGACCUCAGCGGUCGAGAUGGCGCUUGGUCACCUCGAUCAAGUUGCUGCCAGGGCGAAGGAUAUCCCCGAUGCUCAGAGAUUAGUGCAACGAUUGAAAGAGAUGGCUGCUUCUUGUGCACAUUGCGCUUUUGUCGUCUACGAAUACUUCAGCGAUCGGCACGAGUCUUUUAGGAGCCUGGUACAGCGAAACGCGGAGCCAGAGGUCCGGCAAUCCGUAUCAGAUCUGCUCAUGAUAGCUCUGCAAUCCAUCAAGGCAGCAUUUCCAGGAAAUUACUACGCUCAUACAACAUCUCCUAUCAGACUGGACAACUUCGAAGACAACGUUGUCUCUGGAGUGUGCGCCAUGUUCGAGACAUUAUGGGACAAUUUCCACACCCACCUUAGGUCAUGGUUCGAGGUUUUCCAUCUUAUGGCCAGAUUCGUAGCCCUUGGCAAAGAGGAGCUUCUGGCUUUCACGGGUUACAACUUCCUGUACAAGACGAUACUUAUUAUCGUGGCGGAAAAUCUGUCACACCAGGAAUUGGAUCAGCAGUUCGCCAGGCUGAGCAACACCUUGGCUAGAAGACAGAAUAGGCCACCCUCGUUUUCGAGCAUCAUGGAUUUGCUAAGUAUCAUAUUUGCGUCAGUCACUGUGGACAACCCAGUCAGCACUCACGCCGUGCGCGAGGAUAGAUACCUCAAGGAUCCUGAGUCACCACUCCGGCUGAUCGUGUCUGAAGUAACUCAGAUGGAACAGAAAUGGGAUGGGGGCUGCAGCAUAUUCCUGGACAAGCUCAUCUACAUCAACCAGAACCCAGAGGCCACAGACGCCAUCUUUUCGAACCUUCUGAAGCGGGACUGGUCACUUGAGGAGGACAUUCUGGAGACCUUAAUGAUUAAUACCCAGGUCCAGCAGUCUUUUCUCGUUCAUGCUCCGUAUCUUCGGGUGGCGGCGCUGUACUGUCAUCUCAGCCGUGAGCCGGCGAAUAUCGACAGGCUCAUUGAGCACAUAGCCAGAAACAGCAACAUUUUGGCGAACAGUGAGCCCAAGGCGGUAUUGGGCUUCUUCACCAACAAUGCAGUGAUCGAUGGCAAUCGAGAGAAUUCUGGCGAGACUAAGCAAGCGAUCCACAUGCAGUGUCUUGAAUACCUGCCACUUUGGAUGCCCGGUCUACUGGCACACUACGACCACAAUAUCAGCAAUGAGGUCAAGCAAGUGCUACAUGAGAAGGUCUUUCGACAUGGUCCGGAUCCGACUUUUGAAGAGAAGCAUGGGGGCCAAGAACGAGCUGAGGCGGUCGUGCGCAGUGCGAGGCGCGUCGGAACAGAGUGUCUGCAUUACGUUCAUGAAAAUUACAUCAAGCGUGGUACCUCGGUCCCGGCACAGACUGUCGUGGUGCUACAGGGCGUAUUUGAGCAGUGUGGCGGCUUUUUCGGUGCCGUUGACGAGGCGGCUGGUGAAAGCCUGAAGUUCUUCAGAGAACGCCAAGUCAUCCUGGAUAGCCUUCGAAGACUGAGCGUCGACGACCUGGAGGACGACGGUUCUGAUUGGGAGAACUCUGUGGCAUCGUCCGACCAGAUGGACAGCCUUGGAGACGAUGACAUCAGGGAUGUGGACUCCUAG